UGCGGAGGAGAGCCGGCGAGCGGGGGACUGGGCUGCUAAGACCUCCCGAAGGCAGCGAUUUUAUUAUUAAUAUCACUAUAUUUUUGGAGGGAGAGGCACCUUUCUCAUCCUCUCUUCCUCUCCGCCCACCCCUAUUCCCUCCUCCUCAUCUACCUGUCAAAGUCACUGAUCUUUUGCAUUUCGGAAGAGGACGUCAACGGGAAGGAAUUCCCCCUCUCGGUGCAGGCUCCGAGAGGGGGCGACGCGCAGGAGGCUCCCCACCCGGGGCCGGAGGCUAAGGGUGUUGGUGCCAGAAGAAAAGAAUGAUUGAUUGGAAACAGACACCGGGCUAUAGACACCCAUAGUUUUGCUUCAGAUACUGAUAUCUCAGCGCAUCUGGGCAUCCCUUGUGAGCCGUGAACAUCGAGGAUCACUCAGGGUUAUCGGAUGUACAACGGAAGACUCAUCACUCAGCUAAAUUAUUAUCUGCUACAUCUUUUACAAAUACAAAUCAGAUCUGAGUCUAAUAGAUAUGUGCUAGGACAAAGAAAAAGCUGCAAAUUGUCGUUAACACCAAUCACACAAGUAUGUUAGGCUUCCAGCAAAGUUCUCAAUAUAUCCGAACACGCACAAUAUCUUAACACUUCACAUUUGGUGUUGGAAUCUGCUUUGAUAUCUCAUCCUCUUUUCUUUUUUUAAUAUACAGAUCUACCUACAUACAGACAUAUAUGUGUAUGUAUAUAUAAAAUAGACAUAGGUCACAGAUAAGCAAACUCGGCUUUAGUUACCACGAAGACUGCAAAGGAUUCAGAGAUGUAUUUGUCAAGAUUCUUAUCAAUCCAUGCCCUUUGGGUUACAGUGUCCUCAGUGAUGCAGCCUUACCCUUUGGUGUGGGGACAUUAUGAUGUGUGUAAGACUCCGAUUUACACAGAAGAAGGGAAAGUUUGGGAUUACAUGGCCUGUCAGCCAGAAUCCAUGGACAUGACAAAAUAUCUGAAAGUGAAACUGGAUCCUCCAGAUAUUACCUGUGGAGACCCUCCGGAGACAUUCUGUGCAAUGGGAAACCCCUACAUGUGCAAUAAUGAGUGUGAUGCAAGUACCCCUGAGCUGGCACAUCCCCCUGAGCUGAUGUUUGAUUUUGAAGGAAGACACCCCUCCACAUUUUGGCAGUCUGCUACGUGGAAGGAGUAUCCCAAGCCUCUUCAGGUUAACAUCACUCUGUCUUGGAGCAAAACCAUUGAGCUUACAGACAACAUAGUCAUUACCUUUGAAUCUGGGCGUCCCGACCAAAUGAUCCUGGAGAAAUCUCUUGAUUACGGACGAACGUGGCAGCCCUAUCAAUAUUAUGCCACAGACUGCCUAGAUGCUUUCCACAUGGAUCCUAAAUCCGUGAAGGAUUUAUCACAGCAUACUGUCUUAGAAAUCAUUUGCACAGAAGAAUACUCCACGGGGUAUAUGACAAAUAGCAAAAUAAUCCACUUUGAAAUCAAAGAUAGGUUUGCGUUUUUUGCUGGGCCUCGGCUACGCAAUAUGGCUUCCCUCUACGGACAGCUGGAUACCACCAAGAAACUCAGAGAUUUCUUUACAAUCACAGACCUGAGGAUAAGGCUUUUGAGACCAGCCACCGGGGAAAUAUUUGUAGAUGAACAACACUUGGCACGCUACUUUUAUGCAAUCUCAGAUGUAAAGGUACAUGGAAGGGUCUUGAACACUUGGAACCACAUUUCCCAAACUCCCUUGCCAGCAGGAUUCUGGAUUCGUUUUUGGUUCUGCCAAUGA